UCGGCUCUUGCGGCGCCUUGGUGCUGAGAUGCAGCCGCUGAGAGAAGAGGAGGAGAAGGAGGAGAGGAUGAGAAGUCAGUCAGUCUCCAUUCCACUCCUUAAAAACAGCUUCGAGCUUCAAGAGAUAAAGUGCAUUGAAGCAAUGUCGCUCACUUUAAAUUUUAAUUAACUGGAGCUUAUUUUUUGUUUUUGUUUUUUUACCCGCUUUUUUUUUCUUUAUUUAUUUGUUUGCACAUGUUUAGCUCCGUAUUGCAAAUCCGAAUACACAGAGAAGAUGUUGCUGUGUUGGUUGAUCAAAUGGACAGUUUGCCUCCUCGGCCUCCCAGCGACGAGCAGCCUCUCACCUGACGAUGCUCCAGUGGAUUCCGGAGGGGAGUCCGGCUCCGGGAUGCUGCAGCCAGAUGAGGUGAACAUUCUGCUGGAGCUUUCUCAUCAAGUGUCCAACAGCACCAAUGCCUCCCUGACUGUGGACGCCAGUAAGUGUCCAAUUCUACAUGUUGGACAGUACUCAACGUUGGGUCUCCCUCUGCGACACAUCUUCACUGAUGGGUUUGCAGAUGAGUUUAGUUUACUGAUGCAGCUGCGGAGUCCUCAGAGAGAAGAAUACAGCGUCUUCACCAUGCUCAGCCCCGACAGCCACGUUAUGCUGCAGCUGCGGAUCAGCGCGUACGCCGUCAUCUUCAUAGGAACUCAGCAGCGACACUAUGAAUUCCCAGUCAGCGGUCUGUCCGACGGAGAGUGGCACCAUGUGGCUGUCAGUGUGUCUAGUGUGCGGCUGGCACUGUACGUGGACUGCUCUCUGCUGGAGAGUGUGGACUGGGUGUACCAUGGUAUGGGGGUCAGCACCGACGGGCUCCUCAUGGUUGGAGGCAUCAUUGAGGGCUUUGAGACUCCAUUUGAGGGUCACCUUCGGCAGCUGGCCUUCCUGAUGGGUGACCCAGACGCCGCCCGGCAGCACUGCAGCCACCACCCACCUCGGUGCACUGGCGCCCCCAAGCCUCCUCGCUCCCCACGCACCGACCACGCUCUGGAGAAUCUGUUGCUGUCCUCAAAUGACCUGGAAGACCUGUUGGGCGAUCCCAAGGAUGACUUCUUUUUGAGCUUUGGCCAGACCAAUCUCUUCCGCAGACGAGGGAGUUCUCGAGGGGAUGGGACGGUGCCUGCCAGACCCAGUCAGAAAGGUACAGUGGGUCGUGGGGAUGUAUUUCUGGUGGACGAGGAUACUGACUUGUUCGAUCCAAUUUUUCAAAAUGGCGGAGAAGUGAACCCUGAAUGGAAACCUUCCGGGAACGGACUGAAGGGGAGCCAAAAAGGAAAAUCUGAAUCAUCUAAAAAACUGGAAGAGAACAUUACUACACAGAAGAAGACAGAUUCAAAUGGGAGGACUCCGUUGUUGUUCCCUGGAAAACCUUCUGAUGAAAUCAUUAACUUAGAUAACGGACAUUCCCCUAAGAUGCCCUCACUAGGAUUUCCCGUUAAGAUCCCUUCAGGUCCCAGAACAUCCACAGAUGCUAAUAAACUAAGAGAAGAGACAGAUGAACAGACCCGGACUCUUUCACCUACACCUCAUGUCUUUAUCUCUGAGUCAUCUACAAAGAUAAAUGAAGUAGGGAGCCCCAUGUCCACACAGACAAUCACACAUGUCGAUCGCAGAACCAAGAAUGAUGGUAAACAACCAGACAAAGAUCGCGUUGGAAUUGUGACCAUUGUAUCCAGAGAUGGAGACCUGGUCCUGGGCUCAGAUGGCAAAAGGUACUUGCUCAAGAGAGGUCCACCAGGCAGAAUGGGUCCCCCGGGGCAGGAAGGCUGUCCUGGUGAGCCUGGCCUUCCUGGGUUUAAAGGUGAUAAGGGUAAGCUUGGGACUGAAGGGAAUCCAGGAAAAAGGGGGGAGAUGGGACCUCCUGGACCACCGGGUUUACCAACACUCUACUUAUGGAAGAACACUGCUGAGGAAUGGGCCGCUUUUCAGCAAACCAAUUUCUACCAGCUACUCCGUGCUGGUUGGCCUAGUAAAGAAGGCCCUCUUGGACCACCUGGAGAGAUGGGAAAGCCUGGAAUACAGGGGCCACCAGGUGAACCUGGGGAACGAGGACGACCGGGGAUGCCAGGAGACAUGGGGGAUCCAGGUCCUAGGGGCCCUCCGGGACGAGCUGGGACCCCCGGCCGAGACGGAGACAACGGAGAAGACGGUCAGCCCGGUACGCCCGGCGAUCCUGGACCACAGGGUCCGUGGGGAUACAGGGGAGAACGAGGGUCCAAAGGGGAAAAAGGUGAUGAGGGUUUCAUUGGCCUCAAGGGUCCCAGAGGGGACAUUGGUGAACCGGGUGAGAAGGGCGCUACUGGUUUUCCUGGUUCACCUGGGCGUGUCGGACCACCGGGACCUCAGGGGAUCCGUGGCGGCACUGGGCCAGAGGGGCCCCCCGGCCCUGAUGGGGAGAGCGGACUGGACGGCCCACCAGGUCUGCCAGGGCCGCCGGGUGCAGCAGGCCUUACAGGACGAGUUGGCGCUCAGGGAGUAAAUGGUUCAAGGGGGGACACGGGCGCCGCUGGCAGUGUUGGCCCCAAAGGCCCACAGGGACCUCCAGGCUUAGAGGGACAGGUGGGGCCUCCGGGGCUCAGAGGAACCCAAGGACAUCAAGGACUGAUGGGUGCUCCCGGGCCUAAGGGAGAUCCUGGGCCUCUGGGGCCCAUGGGCGCCCGAGGGGAACCUGGCUUUGAAGGGCCCAUGGGUCCACCAGGGACACAGGGUCACAUGGGUUUCCCUGGAAUAACGGGUCACAGAGGACCAGAUGGGGAUAAGGGAGAUCCAGGACCUAAAGGAGACAAAGGUAUUCAGGGGGCAGCAGGCAUUAGUGGUCCUCAGGGAGACAGGGGCCCCAUCGGCCUCCCAGGUUUCCCCGGAGCCAAGGGCCAGGCUGGCCCCAGUGGCACCGAGGGCACAAAUGGUGAAACUGGCCCUCGGGGAAAAGAAGGCAGCCGUGGGUUAAAGGGGAACAGAGGAUCAGAUGGACGUAACGGCAAACCAGGACACAGGGGGAACAAGGGUUUGACUGGACAAAGGGGCCCGCCUGGCCUACCGGGCCCAUCGGGUUUGUCGGGGCCACCUGGACCAGGGGGAGCAGAAGGAAAGCCUGGUACACAGGGUCCCUCUGGAGCACCUGGCAGCGCAGGCAGUAACGGAGCGCCGGGUUUUCAAGGAAUUGCUGGAGAAAGAGGACCAGACGGGCCACCCGGUUCUCUGGGGCCACCGGGGAAGACAGGGCCUCCAGGCUCACCAGGACCCACUGGAGAAAAGGGUUUUACAGGGAAGCCAGGCAUGGAGGGACCCCAGGGCCCAGUAGGCAUGUAUGGUAUCCAGGGGACUAUAGGCAUGCGUGGACCUCCAGGUUUCAUAGGAGAAAGGGGUGAGCCAGGUUUACGAGGUUUACCUGGACCCGUUGGGAAACCAGGCCCCGCAGGUCUACGAGGUCCUCUAGGAGAGAAGGGACCCCGGGGACCUCAGGGUCGCCAUGGAGAUGAAGGACUCAAAGGGUUCCAGGGUCCGCCAGGGCCUCCAGGUCUCCCAGGUUCUAACGGCGCAACUGGAAAACCUGGACCCAGGGGAAGCAAAGGGCCCCCAGGAGCUCAGGGGCCACAGGGGCCAGCAGGAAUCCCAGGCCCACAGGGUGAUGAUGGAUUAUUAGGUGCAGCAGGGGAAAGAGGACACCAGGGCUUAGCUGGACCACCUGGCAAUGAAGGACCACAAGGAAGAGAUGGACAACAGGGUCAGCCUGGACCAACAGGAACUGAGGGCCCCCCUGGAAGGAAAGGAGACCAGGGAGACUUAGGUUCUUGCGGAAAACCUGGUCCUCAGGGGCCCUCAGGAGAGAGAGGGCUUGUAGGCACAAAAGGCCUACAGGGACCACCUGGACCAAUCGGCUCAGAGGGUGAGGUCGGGCUUCCAGGCGAAGCUGGAGAUCCAGGACCUAAAGGGGAGAAGGGUGAGGUGGGACCUCUUGGUUUGUCCGGUCGGGAGGGCUCCUGGGGAGCCCUUGGAGACAAUGGUAACAGAGGCCCAAAAGGAGAGAAAGGCCACAUUGGACUGAUGGGUGAGCCGGGACCGAUGGGCGACGUGGGGCCUGUAGGUCUGGCAGGGUUACAGGGAAUCGCAGGUUCUCGGGGGCCUCCAGGGCCCGAUGGACCACAGGGAGAGAAGGGGGAGUCUGGGCUUGUAGGAAUUACUGGACCUCCAGGGGCAGGAGGACCUCAGGGAAUAAGAGGACUACGUGGUGCCAGAGGAGACUCUGGGAGACUGGGACCACCUGGUGCAGUCGGACCAGGUGGAGCUCAGGGAGACCAGGGAGCCAAAGGGGAACCUGGGACACAGGGACUGAAAGGAGAUCCAGGAGCUCCAGGCCCACCAGGAGAACAGGGAGAAGAGGGUCUUCCAGGAAUCCAAGGUCCUCCAGGUCUGCCAGGGCUUGAGGGGCCUCCUGGAGACAUGGGGCCUCAGGGUCCAAAGGGUCCUACAGGAGCUCCGGGAGCGCACGGUAAACCAGGACCUGAAGGAAAUCAGGGUAUAAAAGGAGAGAAGGGAGAUGACGGAAUGAUGGGAUCACCAGGGAAGACGGGUCCAGUUGGAAGGAGGGGGAAAAGGGGCAAGGCCGGGGCCAGAGGGACCAGGGGAGAAAGAGGACCAAAGGGAGAUAAGGGAGAUGUAGGCUCAAAAGGUCUCCCUGGAUGGUCAGGGCUCAUCGGAAUCCAAGGCUUACGCGGAGAUCCGGGAGAUCAAGGGGAAAAGGGGAAAGAGGGUGAGAAAGGAGACAUGGGCCUGCCUGGACCACCUGGAGUCGAUGGCAAGAAGGGUAUCCGUGGUCCUGUUGGAUUGCCAGGUCCAGUGGGCCAAAAGGGAGAGCAGGGUAACAUUGGUCCACCAGGACGGAGGGGCACACCAGGGAUGCCUGGACUGCCUGGUUUAUUUGGAUUAAAGGGUUUGAAAGGCUACCAAGGUCUGCCUGGGCUGCCUGGCAGACGGGGGCUCCCAGGUCCACCUGGGAUACCCGGACCUCCAGGACAGUCACUGAACUUAACCUUGACUCAGCUCAAGGACCUGAUGUACGUGUCGGAUAAACCCAACUACCCCCUGAUCCAGACGCUGCUGGACUCUCUGCAGCAGGAGAUUCGUCUGCUGGUGGAUCCCCCCGACGGCAGCAAGGAGCACCCUGCCACCACCUGUCUGGAGCUGUGGCUCUGUCACCCUGAAUACAGCAGCGGAAUGUAUUACAUCGACCCCAACCAGGGCAGCCCGGCAGACUCACUGCUGGCCUACUGCAGCUUCUCUCCCACAACAAAACAGACCUGCCUUCAUCCUCAGGACUCCCAGCUGCCCAUGAAAGCGUGGAUGGAUGAGUUUUCUGAAGAAGGAUCUUUUCAGUGGCUCAGCAAGCUGGAUCGGGGAUUUCAGUUUUACUAUCCAGGUGCUACUGUGGUCCAGAUGCGCUUUCUGAAGUUGCACAGUAGCACUGCUAUACAGAAGGUGGCGUACACCUGCCACCCAGGACACAGACUGGGCCAGGCUGACAGAGAAGCCAAAUUCCUCACCGACACAAGGAGGCAAAGCUACCUUGCAACACUUAAAGAUUGUAUGCCUGGAGAGGAGACCGCUUCUGGUCCUCGGGAGUCUGUGCUGGAGUUCGAGGACCUGCAGCUGCUUCCCCUGAGAGACGUCGCGAUAAUGGGCGGCGGGAACUUCACGCACCAGUUUGGCCUCACCGUCGGGCCGGUGUGUUUCAGCUAGAGGUGGGAAAACGGCUGGGCAGACUCACAGGUCCAAGGCUCCGACCUCUGUUUAAAACACGGACACCAAGAGGACAACUGGAACAUCUCUUCCAAUUUGUGAAGAUGUCACUUUUUUUCCCUCUUGUAUCGGGGGGAUCUCCCAGGAUAAGUGACUCCAUGAAUUGUAGAGGGCACAAGUGUCUGUUUCUUCAUGGAGAAGUCAAUAUUGUUUACAGAGACAUUUAUCUUAUAUUAAAUAAUUUAAAAAUGUAUCUUUUUUUUUUUUUACCCUUCAUACACAAAUGUUUUGUAAUGUUGAUUUUUUUUUUGUUAGGGGCUCUGUUAUAGCCUGCUCACUGUGUCUAUAGAAGCCUUAACUGACCUCUCAACAAUGUGUUCUGCGCAGGUACACAGCUUCUAUCGUCCCAUUGGCCGCAUGUUACCAGGCUGGAAAAGUCUCACUGUAAAUCCACUAUUUUAGUACUGUAAGGGAACCCAGAUGUGUCCCUUUUAUUCAAGGUGCUGAUCAAGACUGUUGAUAUAAUCCCACAACCAACAGAAAGGGACAGUCACAUUAUCCGAUGCUUACUUUGUUGCUGUCUGUUGUCAGCAGGACCAGAGUUCCUCAUUGUGUUGAGAUACAGCGUCGUUUUUGUUGUUAUGGUUUCAUAUAAAUGUAUGCCUUUUUUUUUUUUUUUUUUACAUCUCAGGUUCCACUUUGAUAAUAUAAGACGUGUUAAGAUGGGGGAAAAAUAUGGACAAAUCCAUAAAAAGUCCAGAAUCCAAUAAUGAACUGAUUUACUUACAAAUAUUUCAAUGUUCCUCAGUGGCAUAUGAGUUAAUUGUCGUUUCGUUGCCAGUGGUUAACAUGUAAACACAAACUGUAGCUUCCUGAGAUUUAAUCCCACAUUCAUCUUCAUCUUAAUCCCUCGUUCACGAAAUCUGUGUUUCUCUGCAGCUGAAAAUAGUCCCAAAACAAAUCGACUGUUACCUCCAAACCGUGAUUGAUUCGUGGUCGCUACCCAUCAUCUCAGGCACCAGAUGGUUUGCAACCUAACCGUCUGGGAGACAGUUUGAAGAGGGCUGGCGCUUUUCAAAAAAUCAAAUGCGUGGGAGGUGAUUGGACGAACCAUCACCAUCCAUCAUGGUUUAACUACAACCAUAGUAGGGGAACGUCUUGCAGUCUCACUAGAAUUCAGCUUCCUUGCAAGGUAAACAAACCUACUCAUCCCUAAAGAAAUUUCAGACCUUUUUCCAUAUAAAAUAGUGCAUUUAAAGGGGAUGUUUAAAGUUGUGGAAUUAAAAAUAACUAAAACAAACAAAGAACUGGACUUAUAUCAGUUUCCUUUUCAAUGUUUCACCACUCAUCUAAUUGGCUUCUUCAGUUCUUAAUGUCUGGUGAGUAUUUUAGGUUUUUAGUUGAUACAUCUGCAGGUACUGCCCAUUUGAAAUUCACGACUAGAGCCUGUUAACCUUCAGAUCCUCAACUGGACCUCACACAUCUAAGUGGUGGCGCAACUGGCAAAGCAUUAAUAACCAUAGAUUGCCACUUGGUGACAGUACGUAAACAAGACACCGUCCUGCCACUUAGUUCUGGGUCCACACCCGUCUUCAAAUUUCACCUUCAUUUUGAUAGUACACAGCAAACAAGUUGGGUGAGAACAUCUUGCACCAUCGCCAUUCUGUUAUGUUGACACAGUCCUUUUCAGUCCUCAGAUAGACAGACAGUAGCCAAAGAAUCUACUUUGUAGUAGUUUAAUGUCUCCAGGACCACAAUUUGCCAUGACGACAUGCUUACAUGCUCCCUCUCUUGGCUGGGUAAUUACAUAAAAACACCACAAAGCCGUAACCUUAUGCACAUUUGCAUCUCAAAAGUUAUUAGAUACAGUUUUGUCCAGGUUUGCAACAUUAAUACAAUGUUCAGCAUCUUUGUAAUUAACCAAUUCACAAUACUGACUCUACAGGUUUACAUUUAGUCAGUUUUCUUUGAUACUAUAAAUGCUAAAUGUAAUGCUUGAUUGGUGAGUGCCAGAAGAGUUAUUCUCAUGUAAAUCAUGUAAUCCCCCCCACUUCAUGCCUGACAAUUAUGGUUACAUAUUCCAACAUACUGUAAAGAUGUGCGUUAGUUUGAUUGUAAGUUGAGUCCCUGCUGAGCUGUUUUGGCCCCCGCCAAAAAAAAAAAAAAAAAAACUGUUCUGGUUACUAACCACUCAGCUUUUGGCAUUUGCUACCACCCUGGAUUUCUGCUUCAUUCAGUCAGAGAAGUGAUUAGGUCCAGUGAAAAGAAGCAAACCUUGUAGCUCCUCAGCAGUAUUGGUAUUUUUAUUGUUUGUUUCCUGGAGCCGGACAGCAGAGACUGAUGAUUAGUGUGGAGUACAGUCUAAAGGUGCAUUUGAGGAAGAUCUCAGGGAGUUUGCGGUGAGGAGGUAGUCUACAGCCAAACCUGAGGCUCUGUAGCUGGAGAACUUUCAUUUUCUUCCAUUUAUUUGUAAUAAAAAAAUUUUGCCACUGAUCUGAUCAAUGGCAGAGAGGAACAGUGAGGAAAUGUACUUGAUGAUGAAUUUGAUUGAAACAUCUUAGCCACGUGUCUGCAAUUCUAGCCUGGUGUUUAAAAUAUUACAUUUUCUUUUCACAUUUAGAUUCAUUGUAGCAUUUCCUAUGAUUGCCUUAGCUGGCUGAGACUGAUCAUUGCUCCUUGUUUUGUACAAAUUAUUACUUCAUAAAAUAAGAAACGACAUGCUGGACAUCUGACUUGUGUGAUCCCUCCAUCAGCCUGUUCAAAUAAUUGUGUCAACUGAAUUAAAAGAAACAAACAUAAUCGGA